AUGUAUGAGGCCGGCCCUGCUGAACUAUUCGACAACAUCGCCACCCUCGUACUGCGCGUCCGCCUCCAAAGGGACACCCUUCAUACACAACUCACGGCCGCCAAUGAAACCAUCGACAACCUCGAGGAGCAGAUAAACCAGCUCAACCUCGACCUCAAUGUCGCCCGCGCUGCCCCCACCCCUACCGUCGCGGUCCCCGUUGCCGCUGCUCCCCCACCUGCUCCUGUCCCCGCCUUCAGGUCCGAAAAGUUCCCAGACACCGAAAAAUUCGAUGGCACCCGCACCAAGCCCCCCGGAUUCACCACCCAACUUCGAAUGAAACUUGAAGUCAACCACGAUCGGUUCCGAAACGAGGCAGCAAAGGUUAUUUAUGCCGUCAGCCGCUUGGAAGGAAGGGCCCUUGACCAGGUCGUUCUGCUCGUUAACGCUAACCCUGCCGCCCCCUUCUCCUCCGUCACUGCCUUUGUUGCCCACCUGGAAGCCUCGUUUGGAGACCCAGACCCCCGGGGUACCGCCCGCUGCCAACUCGUUGCCCUGAAGCAAGGCAAAGGGGACUUCGCUACCUAUUAUUCGCAGUUCCUCCGCAUCGUGGCAUACCUAGACUACAACGAGGGAGCCAAGAUCGAUGCCCUGGCUGAAGGACUGUCGGAAGACCUGAAGGACGCUAUGACAUACCGGACAGACAGGCCUAAUACCGUCGAAGCCUAUGCCACCAUGUUGAUGACAAUCGAUAACCAGGUUCGGGGCCGCAAAUCUGAACAACGGGCAAUUCGGAAUACAAUGGGACAAUUCACCGCCCCCGCUGCUGUCGCACACCCAUCUCAUACCGCCGGAGGCCUCGCCCCAAUGGACCUCUCCGCUCUCCAAAGCCGUCCCACUCAACGCCCUGCCGCCGAACAACGAUACACUUUUGUCAAUGGACAACGUAAAACCUCUGCUGCCGAAAAGCAAUGGCGAAGGGACAACAAUCUCUGUAUGUACUGUGCCAACCCCGGUCAUGUCUUUGCCAGCUGCCCCUUUGCCAAUCGCCUACGCGGUAACCAACCGGUGAUGAGAGGCGCCCUCCUCGCACCCAGCCAUACGGCCGUCGACCCCGCUGCUCCACCGGCCGCUAUCCCGGGCUUGAUUAAUGGCCCCUGCCCGGGACCUUCCAAUGUUUCUCCUUUGUCUGCGUUUUCUAUCUCUGGCUUCUCGGUAUCGUCUGUGGAGGAUAAAUUGGAUGGGGAUCAUUUUGUUGCUUCUUGUAAAAUUAUAAACAAUAAAACAUCCAUUCAAACUCACGCACUGAUCGAUACCGGUUGCUCCGGAUUCGCAUUCAUUGAUGAAACAUUUGCGCGCCAUAACAACUUCCCACUUCUCCCCCUCAAAUCACCCCGCACUCUUGAAGUCAUCGACGGUCGGCCCAUAUCUUCCGGACAAAUUACCCACCUCUGCUAUCUGCCGCUCUCCAUUGACUCCCACCAUGAAACUACCCCUUUCUUCGUCACCAAACUCGGCUCGUAUCCACUCGUCCUCGGAAUCCCCUGGCUUCAAUUGCACGACGCAACAUUACGGUUUAAGGACAAUAGCAUACUGUUCGACUCCGAAUACUGCAAACGCAAGUGCAACUCUUCCCCGAUACCCGUUCCCAUUAGAGGGGUUGCACCACCGCCCCGUUUUCACCUCGUCAGUUCAGCUGCUCUUUGUCGCUUUGCUCGAAGGGACAAACUCCAAAUCUUUAGUACAACUAUUGAGGAAAUAGAUCAAAUAAUGGGCGAGGCCCCUAAGGAAGACUGGAGGAACCGAGUCCCAACCUGGUAUAAGAGAUCUCAUAAAAUGAUGGACGAAGAAUUCGCUAACGGGAUGCCGCCACGUCGCCCCUGUGAUCAUAAGAUACCGCUCAAGGAAGGGAAAGAGCCCCCUUUUGGGCCACUUUAUGGUAUUAUACCCGUUCUUGGUGGUGUGGGGUUCGGCUUAAGGCUAGAUUUUAGGCCUAAAAUGGUCAAAUCUCGAACAAUCGUAAAAGGCAUGACGUACGGGGGGUAUCCAAUGACACUGAUCCGGCUAAUAAGUCCCGUAUGGGAGGCAUGCGAUGGCACUGUUUCUGCCAAAAGGUCUCGUACGGGAGUGUACGGGAACAUUCCCAAGGCACUACCUCUGCCAAAAGAUCCUGCACGGGGAGAUUCUCAAGGUACAACCUCUGCUAAGGGCGGC